AAACUCUCUGAAAACAAAGCUCAGAUCUAAACCACCGUGUCUCAGAUCCACUAAACUCACCAUGUCUUCCUCUUUCAGCGGCGAUGAAACGGCUCCUUUCUUCGGCUUCCUAGGCGCCGCCGCUGCUCUCGUCUUCUCCUGUAUGGGAGCUGCAUAUGGGACAGCUAAGAGCGGUGUUGGUGUGGCUUCAAUGGGUGUGAUGAGGCCCGAGUUGGUUAUGAAAUCUAUUGUUCCGGUUGUUAUGGCUGGUGUUUUGGGUAUUUAUGGUUUGAUUAUUGCUGUUAUUAUUAGUACUGGUAUCAAUCCUAAGGCGAAAUCAUAUUACCUUUUUGAUGGCUAUGCCCAUCUUUCCUCUGGUCUUGCUUGUGGACUUGCUGGCCUUUCUGCUGGAAUGGCAAUCGGAAUUGUUGGUGAUGCUGGUGUCAGAGCUAACGCACAGCAGCCAAAACUCUUUGUUGGAAUGAUCCUUAUCCUCAUCUUUGCUGAAGCGUUGGCACUUUACGGCCUUAUCGUUGGCAUCAUCUUGUCUUCUCGAGCCGGCCAAUCUAGAGCAGAAUGAGACGUUUGCUGAGCUGUUUUAGUAUUCUUUCAUUGCUUAUUGUAUAAUUGUACGGGGAAAGAGUAUCUCGGGUUAAUUAUGGUUUGACAUCAAGUGCGAGGUUCGCAUUAAUACUCUUAUGAAAACAACUACUUGGCUGCUCUUUCCUCUUCUUAGAAAUAGAAUAAUCGAGUUUGUCUUAAUAAAAUGUUGUGGAGCUUUACCCUGUUUGAUUUUUGUUUAUCAGUAUGUUGCAGAGAGUUGAACAUCUUUAAUGGAAGUUUAAUUUUGUGAGAGACGAUAAAUGUAUGAUCCAGUGUUUAA